CGUAAUCCACCUAAAACCAGGAAGCAUUGUACCGCGAGCUUCUUCGAGAUCGGUUAACAAUACCGGAAGUGAUACAGCGACGGUGAAUUUCAGUGUCGUUCGCAAAGUGCAUCAAAUAUCGAGCUUAGUAAAUAAUCGAAUAGAAAGAGAGUAAGGUGACGGAGAUAUAAUAGUUUUGUUAACGUAUCACGAUAGUUAAGUCGAAGCAAUCUUAGGGUUAGUAGCGAAUGAACCACGAAGUGAAAUCGUGGUGGUGGUGUAUGAUAGGUGUAAUAAAAGACCAGUGACAAAAGAUACGUGGUGACACGAGUUGACGUGGUUCGAUUCGUGGACUAAUUCGGCGCGAACGUGCGGAGAAGGAGGACGUCCUUUCGGGGUGGCGUCGCGGAGCGCCGCAGCGGAUGUUACGCCGGGCUGGUAAAGGGCGCCGGGUGAUCUACGGGGGUAGCAGCCUGGAAGAGACAAAAGGCCAUCACCACGGCGUUCAACAUGUUCGAGAUGUGGAGCGCGGUGAGUUCCAAGCUGGAACACUCCGCGACCUCCUCGGGCUCGCCGUUACCUCUGACCUCGCACGCACCGCAAACACCUCACACCUCGUCCGGGAGCAUAAAAGCCCAGAUCGAAAUAAUCCCGUGCAAGGUGUGUGGCGACAAGAGCAGCGGCGUUCAUUAUGGCGUGAUCACCUGCGAGGGCUGCAAAGGCUUCUUCAGGCGGUCGCAGUCGUCGGUCGUCAACUAUCAAUGUCCACGGAACAAGAAUUGCGUGGUCGACCGUGUAAACAGAAACCGGUGCCAGUACUGUCGGUUGCAAAAGUGCCUACGCCUCGGCAUGUCCAGAGAUGCCGUUAAAUUCGGGCGCAUGUCGAAGAAGCAGCGGGAGAAGGUCGAGGACGAAGUUAGGUUCCACAGGGCACAAAUGAGAGCGGCCUCGGAGACGGCGCCCGAUAGCAGUGUAUUCGAACAUCAGACCCCAAGCAGUUCGGAUCAACACCACCCCUACAACGGCGGGUACCCGUAUGGCGGUAGUGAAUACGCUUCUCCCGGUCCCGGCACGGGUGGGUCGGGUUAUUACAAUCAUCAAGCGAUGACAAACUACGAGCUUAGCGCCGAUUAUGUCGACAGCACGACGACCUACGACCCACGACCGACGCAAACGCAGGUCGCGGACACUGUCGCCCCUGAUACGCCCUCCGCUGUCACCGCGACUGGGGUUUUGCCCAGCGUGGUCACCACCGGGAAGUCGCUGUCUGCCUCGACGACUGGAAGCAGCACGGGGGGUAGUGGUGGUGGUAGUAACGGCGGUGGAGGCGGUGGAGGCGCGUACACGAUGGUCGACUCGACGACCUUUCUGAGCGGUCAGCAACAGAGGGUCAGCAAUCCAUCCGAGGACGACGAAGUGCCGAGUCUGCCCAGUAUGUCCCAUGCGAGAUAUCCGGCACAGAUCAGCGAGUUGCUCUCGAAAACGAUAGCGGAUGCACACGCAAGAACGUGUCUGCUGUCGACGGAACAGAUCCAGGAGUCCUUCCGGAAGCCGCACGACCUCUCCAGAUUGAUCUACUACAAGAAUAUGGCGCACGAGCAACUGUGGCUCGAAUGUGCCCAAAAACUAACCACCGUUAUCCAGCAGAUCAUUGAGUUCGCCAAGAUGGUUCCUGGAUUCAUGAAGCUCUCGCAGGACGAUCAAAUUGUUCUAUUAAAGGCUGGUUCCUUCGAGUUGGCUGUGCUACGUAUGAGCAGGUACCUCGAUCUCCAGCAAAAUUGUGUCCUCUACGGUGAGACCAUGUUGCCACAGGAUGCGUUUUACACGACGGACACGGCGGAAAUGAAGCUCGUUUCUUGCGUGUUCGAGCUGGCCAGGAGUAUUGCCGAAUUGAAGCUUACGGAAACAGAGCUGGCUCUUUACAGCGCAGCGGUUCUUCUCAGUCCUGAUCGACCGGGACUGAAAGGGCUCGCGGAAAUCACGAGACUGUCGCAGGCGGUGAUCAGGGCGCUCAGGUCGGAGCUGGAUCGCAACCACGUGUCGCCCAUAAAGGGCGACGUGACGGUGUGCGACGCGAUCCUGGCGAAGAUUCCUCAGCUACGGGAGAUCUCGUUACUUCACAUGGACGCCCUGGCGAAGUUCAAACGGUCCCAGCCGCACCUCGAGUUCCCGGCCCUCCACAAAGAGCUUUUCAGCGUCGACAGCUGAACGAUCGACGCGGCGCAGGGCGUCCCGACGCUGACGAACAAAGCGGUACGCGAGUAGCGCCGGGCCUUGCUCUGUCAAGGUGAGUUCCACCGUCCGGAAAAAUAGAAAUGAACGAAAUGGGAAACGACCACGGAGAGAACAGUUUUAUCGACCAUGCCCGAGGUUCGGGCACGCCGCUACCUAGGAAGUGUUCGCGUAGACGUUUCUCUUUUUAGGGCCGAUCCUCGAGCGAGGUUCAAGCGACGCAAAGGAGAGGUGUCGAAGGGUUCUGAGAACGUGGUGCGAGUUUUGAGGCUAACCGUUUGCUUUCCUUUCUUGGCUCGGUUCCUCGUACGUGGUGGAUAGGACAAUUGAUCGAGUGGAUGCCUGCUUUUUUUAUCGUACUAGUGUCUAUGGCGUAACUAGCUCCCAGGGUGGGCCCGGAUAUGAAGUUGUGUACCUCGUGUAACUCGGAGAUUUACGAAUUUUCUCUUUCAAAUUUAUUUUCAAACUUGGAGAUUCCUAGAUUGAAACAUUUUUUCUUAAAUUUCCAAAUUUUCUUACAUUGUCAAAUCAUGAGUUGUUGAUAGCCUGAGAACAUCUCAGGUUUCAAGUCUUGAGAUGUUCAUAUCUAGAAGAUUAGAUUAUCAAUUCUGGAAUCCCUAAAUUUUUUAAUGACUAAACUCACA